AUGAGCGACUUAACCGUCCCGCAAGUGGCGCAACAGGCGGUUCUCGUGCGGUCGGAGGACCUGGAAGGCAAGCGUGCGCACGUGCGUGGGUACGACUUUAACACGGGCGUCGACUAUGAAAAGCUGUUGCAGUCGUACGUGACUAUGGGGUAUCAAGGCACGAACUUGGGCAAAGCCAUUGAGGAGAUUCAGCGCAUGCGAAAGUGGCGCUUAAGUAACGAUAAGAACGAAACUGACAACCUAGAUGCAAACGGGAACAUCCAAAAUACAAACGAGCCCGACCUGACGGUACCUCGAGCUUCCAUCAAGACGAAGAUCUUUCUAGGCUACACGUCGAACCUCGUCUCAAGUGGUUUACGUGAAUCUCUGCGGUUUUUGGUGCAGCACAAAAUGGUGGACGUCCUUGUCUCGUCUGCCGGUGGCAUUGAAGAAGAUUUCAUCAAGUGUCUCGCUCCCACGUACAUUGGAGAUUUUGCCUUGCCAGGCCCCAAUUUACGCUCUCGGGGGCUCAAUCGUAUUGGGAAUUUGCUUGUACCCAAUGACAAUUACUGCAAAUUUGAAGACUGGCUUACCCCUAUUUUGGACGCCAUGCUCGAGGAACAAAAGACACAAGGCACUGUGUGGUCUCCAUCUACGGUGAUCCAUCGCUUGGGCAAAGAGAUUGACCACGAAGAUUCCAUCUACUACUGGGCGUAUAAGAAUGACAUUCCCGUCUUUUGUCCGUCCCUCACCGAUGGAUCCAUUGGUGACAUGAUGUACUUCCACUCGUACCGGAACGAAGGUCUUGUAGUGGAUAUUGUGAGCGACAUUCGUCGAAUGAACGACCACGCGAUUCGUGCACCUGGCAAGACGGGUGUGAUUAUUCUGGGUGGAGGUAUGGUCAAGCACCACAUUUUGAACGCAAACCUCAUGCGCAAUGGCGCAGACUUUGGGGUGUUUGUAAACACGGGCCAGGAGUUUGAUGGCAGCGAUGCAGGGGCACGUCCCGAUGAAGCUAUUUCGUGGGGGAAACUGCGUCUGGAUGCGACACCGGUGAAAUUGUAUGCUGAUGCGACGUUGGUGUUCCCCCUUAUUGUGGCCGAGACGUUUGCAAAAGACUUUCACGCGGAGAAAGCGCAAGACGACAGCACUUGUCAGAUCAAGCGCUCGUAG